UCCAGCAGAUGCGACCAAUCCUCACUGGUACCGUUCAACUACUUACUUCUACUUCGCUCUCACUGUCGCCAAUUCUCCUUCAAGAUCCAAGUAGUGUAUUUUGCCCCGUGUCUUGAAUAUAAUAAUCUGUAUUUUGUGUGUACGUGUGUGCGUGCAUUGGCCACCAUUCCGGAAAAUCUGAAGCACAGCGCCAGCCAGAAGUAGCCACGGUGCUGCCCUCCUACUCCUGGUCGGACUCCGGAGAAACGCGCAAUGGCCGCCAGAGCGGUGCUCCUCGUACCGCUACUGCUGCUAUGCUCAGUAGCCGUGCCCACGUUAGCCCUAAGCAGUCAGCUUGCGGGGCUCUGGGACCUAUUCUCUAAGUCCCCCGACUCGGGCAAGACGUUCAAGAUCCUCCCCGGCAAUGGUUCAGGGGUGGUGCAAGAGGAAUUCAGCGGAGAAGGCUCUGAGUCCAUCUUGGUGUCGUCUUUCAGCGAACCGUCCUCCAUUCUCAGUAAUCCGGUACAGCUGCGCCUGGCCAUCGACGUAGAGGCUACCGUUGCAUUCCAGUGCAGCGAGUCGGAACAGGAGCUAUUCGUUGUGUCUUAUAUCAGCGGGCCAUCACCGGACACAGAGCUCGGAUUCGACAAUGCCACCAACACGGUGCAUUUCAACAUGCACGAGAAGAACACGUCAUCAGAGUUUCUUGCGAGCAGUACCAGCGCCACCAUCACCGUGCACAUCUCACCCGGACUCCUUGCCCGCGGCUCAGCCGUUGUGCUCAGCCACCCCCAGGCUAAGCUAGCCGAGAGCAAGCAGCAGGGCGACACUACGGCCUGCGACUUCAGCGCCAUCGUGUCCGCCCGAUCGGCCGCCGCCACCAGCAACCUGUGCCUGGAGAGGGAGACGGCGUGCGAACACCACUGUGUUGCCGAGACGGGCGAAUGCGCUUGUCGAAUGGGCUACGCCGUGCAUGCCACACAGCCAUCAAAAUGCCUUGCAACGCACACCGUGUCAGUGACCAUCCCGGGAGCAAGCAAGUCCAUCCAUGCGUACGGCGUUCCACACGCGGACUUUGAAGCACUUCUGGCGUCGCAGUUCAACGGCAUGAUUGGCGGCGGCGGUGUUCACCGCGUCAGCAUGAAGCACGACACCGUCAACAUCUCCACGGUGGAGACGGCCACCGAGUCGGCCGUCGACGUAGCGCACCGGCUGCGCAGGUCUCUGAGCAUCCAGGACCAGGACACGUCCAUUGCCGGCUUGCAGCUGACCAGACUGACGGCAAUCCGUCUGGUCGCGCCCGACGGCUUGUCCAGCAGAGGCAAGCGCCAGGCAUCAUGCCAGCAGCUUGGACAGGUCCUCUCACAGUACCUCACUGGAUUCGAUCUAUCCGCGCUCAUCCUUCCCACCGACCUUGACCUGGCAUCGUUGUGCCCAACCACCGCCGACAUUGUCAGCGCUAUUGGCACGGUGACCAUUCCGAUUCCAGUACCCAACGCCGUUGCCAGUACCUUGCUGCCAGAUCGGCUUGUGCUGCAGGAUACCGUGCUGACACUGACUGCACAGCUGGUUGAUCGGUCAGUCACGUUGACCGCCGCCACCAACUGGAUUGUCGGCAGCACCCCGGUGGCGAUUACAAUCACCUUCGAUGUCAAUGCCGGUACUGCAGUGGUGACCGGGGACGCACAGGGCCUCAGCGUUGCUGACAUCUUCUCCCUGCUCUCGCCCAGCCUGGCCACAACAGCCGGUCUGGACGGAGUGGCGGCUGACGAAGUCGGAUUUGAGCUCGUAUUCGGCAGGAACACGCCAACAACAUUCUACUUCCGCCUCCUGAUUCAGUCUGCCCAGAAUCUAGCCAGAAAUCUGAUCGGCACAGCGGGACUACCCGUAGCCGACCUCCAAAGUGCGCUAGAAGCUGCCAACCUGGACUCGUUCGACAUUACUAACGUGGAGUUUCUAGUGACCAAUGAGGGAGGCCGCCUGUGCAUCAAAGUCAGCGGCAAUCCAGUGCUUCCCGCCUUUGAGGGGGUACCAAUGUCUGCGGAAAUCAAGGCUAUUGAUGUUGGCUGGCCUAAUCGCAGUGUGUCAUUCUCAUUUUUGGUGGACGGCAGCAUCAACGUUGCAACAGCAAUCAAGGGAUUUAUCCCUACCCUGGACCUGACUGGAGUGCCCGGCAUCUCAUCGCUCCAGCUCCCUGAGUUUGCCAUGUCCUUCCGCAGGCCCAGAAUCGGACUGCCAGCCCUGCCGCCUCUUCCCAACUUCCGAGUGCCGAACAUCAGACUGCCAUCACCGAAGCUGUCGAUACCUCGCCUGCAGCUUCCAGGUAUCAAUUUCAAUGCAAACUUCCAGCCACAGCUGCCCAGCUUGCCAGACCUGUUCUCCAUUUCUGCUGGCAUUGGAGUAGGGCCGCUCUGCCUGAAUCUCAAGAAUGAAGCUGAUGGAUCUGCAGCAAGUCUGACAGCAGUUCUUCAGGUGAUCUUCCCUUCCCUGGACAUUAGCAGCCUGGGCAUUCCAGACACCUUCCAGAACCUACUAAGCGUGGAAGUGGAAGAGCUUUGCUACAACUCGACGUUGAGGACAUUCACAGCAGCACUGCGCUACCCGGGCACUAUUGAGAUGGUGCCUAGCAAACCUGGCUAUGUCUCACUCACCAACACAAUGGUCAGAGUGGUUGUGGACGCUAGCAGGCGACCAGUCCGCUUUGACUUCUCGGCCGCGUCUGAAGCCAGCCUGGGAACGUUCCCUCUGCAGGUUUCCUUUAAACGCGAUCGCUCAGGUUCAUUCAUGUUCUCCGCCACACCUGUCCAAGAUACGAUUACCAGCAGAGACAUUGUCAGCUCGUUCGGCAGUGCUGGCAGUGACCUAGCUAGUGCGCUGGACGAUCUGCAGCUGUCUGACGUAACCCUGUCCAACCUCCUCAUUACCGCAUUCAACCGCCCAGAUCUCACGCUGCGCUUCACAGCUACGGUGUCCUACCGAGACUUGCCGUCAGUGACAUUUGAGCUGGUCCUGAGUAAGCCGUUCACGUCGCAAUCUCUACUUGCCCUGGGAAUCCGGACUACAUCAGCAACGCUUGCCAAUGUUGUCAAGUCAGUGAUUCCAAGUGCCGACAUUUCUGAUCUGCCCUUCGUCGGUGACUUCACAGUGCCGGCAGUGGGUGUCUUGCUGUCAUCUAGAAAUGUUCCUGAAAUCCGCACCCUACCAUUCGUCAACGCGGAUCUCUCGACGCUUGCCAGCCGUGUGAGCAACGCCAGAAUCUCCUUGCUCUUCCCUGUGACGUUCCCUCGUGUGGGACGCAAGGACUUCGUAGCAGCAUUCCGUGGGCUCAGCUUUGACUUCCAGCCUCCAGAUGAUGAAACGAGUCUCCUGGAUCUGGCACAGCUCGCUCUGCCUGGUGUUAACCUGGGCGAACUCUCGCCACCAGAGGGUCUGCCAGGACUGGACAAUGUCUUCAUCGACCGUCUCUUUGUGGACGUUCCAGGCAAAAUGUUCUGCAUUGAAGCGCGCGUUGCCGGUAUCACAUUCGCUGUCAUUCCAAACGCUCUGUCCAUGGGAAAUAUCAAGUUCCUCCUGUGCCUGGAGAAGGAUGGACGCACUACUCGCCGUAACUUCAUGGUGGAGGGUGACAUCACACUGGGGCAAGUCACAUCGACCAUUACCUUGCAGCAAAACGGAAACUUGCUGGAGGCGUCAAGUACCAUCAGCCAGCGUUUAACCAUCAGCGACAUCCUCACCAGCUUCGGCGCUUCGUUCAUUCCUGGCGGUGACGAACUGUCCAGAAUCUUGCAGCAGAAUGGAUUCAACAGCUUUGGAAUCAGUAACACUGUCAUUGUUGUCAAGCGCCGAACCGGCGGUCCGACCAACGUGCUCCUGAGCAGCACAGCAGCUAUACAAGAGUUAAGUGCAGACAUUGAGGUAUUGUUCACCGGCCUCGGCACACCCAACAAGAAAUCGGUCGCCGUCCUGGCCUUGCCAAGCAUCUCAUUGCCCCGUAUAGUGGACAUGCUGAGCGGUCUAGACCUCUCCGGUCUGCCAUUCUUUGGUGAUCUUGAAAUACCGGCCACCACCGUUACCAUUUCAAACGCUGACAUAACCAGUCUACCCGACGGCUUAGCCUUCACCAAUACGGCCGUGAGUGGUGCUAGGUUUGCCAGAGGUGCCGCUCUGAGCUUCCUACAGAACAUCGGUGGUCAGCUCAAGACGUUCAAGACCACACUGCGUCCUGACAGCUUUAACAUCACCCUAGAUGAAUUCCCAACCCUGCACGAGGCUCUGGCGCUCAUUUUCCCAGGCGUGCAGAAUCUGGACAUCUAUAGGUCACUGCCGAAUGUUGUCCCCGGUGUGUUUGACCUGCGUGUGAAUCGCAUUGCAUACAACAAGCAGGCUGGCAGUCUAGCUGUGGAGGCGUCGCUGGACUCAUUCGUAUUGAUCCCGAACCUGUUGGAAAUCUCGACAUCAACUGUGAAAGCGUCCAUCACAAAGCGUCCGGCUGGCAGCCCAAGACAGGCAGCACCGUCAAGCUCUCAGAUUAAACUGUCAAUCGAAGGAACUGUUACCUUGUUUGGCCUGAAUCUCAACCUGAACAUCAACUAUAACCAGGCAACGAAUGCAUUCGGAAUUCGCAUCACAUCACCGUCAGGAGAAGUUAAGUUUGAUAAGUUGUUUGAUUUGAUCGACUCAGCAGCUAAUGAUCUCACAAACCCUGCCGUUGCUGCAUUGCAGCUGAAGCAGUCAUCCAUCCGCGACCCGCUGUUCGAAGUGAACACCAAGUCUGGCAAUGUUGCAUUCCGCAUCAGGGGAACACCGACGAUGACCGGAUUCGGCCUGUUCACUGUCGAAGCUCUUGCAAACACGUCUCCACGCCAGUUUAUUCUAACACUGAACGCAAAGCAGUUCAGCAUGGCUAAGAUGCUGGAGGUGCUGACUGGACUCGACCUGAGCGGCAUCCCAUUCCUCGGACUUCUCCGCGGCCCGUCCAACAUCGGAAUCACGCUGAGCGCUACCAACGUACCGCGCAUACCGUUCCCUAUCACUUCCUACCCGCUGAACGAGACCACCAGUAUCGAUCGCGGCCUGGGCUUCACCGUAGCCUUCAGGCUACCAGCCGACUGUGCCAGUGACCCAAUCUGCAACUUCUUCCGCCUCAUUCUCGGCGACCAGAGCAUCAUCUUCCGCGUGACCGGUAUCAAUGGCCCACAGGCCACAAUUGCGUAUCGUCUACCCGCACAGCUGUCCCUGGGACCUGUCAAGUUGUACAAUGUUGACUUUGGAUUCUCAGUGAGCGCUACCGCACCACCAACUGUGGGCCUUACGAACAUUGAACUGGACGUACCGGUACCUAGCCCAGCUGAAGGACAGGAGCCAUUGAAAUUCAGAGGAAAGCUGCUGAUUGAUCCCAGCAGUAAUGUCGAGGCGGCGCUUCAGAUGAUUGGCAUCUAUGAGAACGCCUUUGGAAUCCCAGUGUUCUCGUUCGGAAACGUCGACCUUGGCUUCAGAACCAACAUCGCCUGCCCUAUCUGUGUGAGCCAGCUGAGAUUCGGAGGAGAGGUAGCUCUGGGCCGGAGAUGUUACCGUGGAAACAGAGACAACUGCGUCAUCGCUCAGUGCAUCUUCAACAUAGACGCUGUAGACGUCAAGAACAACUAUUUCUACUUUGCCGUGAACCGCCUGAGCUAUCGUCAUAUUCUGACGGCUGUUGGUAUUCCCGAUAACCCCGGACUGGUGCUGCUCGAUGCAGUGGAGAUACGCGAUGUCGAAUCGUCCUAUUCGUCCAUUGAUCGCAACAUCCCAUCUGGCAUCCUACCAGGCGGCAAGACAAUCAAAGCUGGCCUGGUCUUCAAGGGCAUCUUCAACAUUCUCUUCUUGGUCAACGUCAAGGUCGAUGUUGCUGUGGAGCUUCUGUUUGGCGUACCCAAGUCUGUGAAUGCCCUGGUGGAAGUUGCCCCGAUCAACCUCGGAGUACUGCAGGUCAGCGCUGCCAGUGACUCGCGUAAGGGAGCCAAGUUCGAGCUUAAAGCCACGGUUUUACCCCCUUCCUUCUUCGUGGAGAUCGAUGGCCGCAUUGUCAUCAGCGCCCUGAGAUUCUCUGCGUCUGCACUGAUCAAAAUUGACAAUAAUGGGCUGUUCAUACGGCUGGCCGGACCCAUCUUUGGCCUGCCAUCCACGUUCGAGCUCAAAGCACAGUUUGCAGACAUCCGCAACCCCAAGUCAUUCACCAACUUUGGGAUUAACGGCUGCUUUAGCACACUGGGUGCCCGUGUUGUCCAAGGAGUGAAAGCAGAGCUGCAAAAAGCAAGCAACGGACUGCGGCAAGGUCUUGACGCCGCUACUUCAGCUCUAGGCGAAGCAGACCGUGCCGUGAGCCAAGCAGUUGGCACGCUCAACAUUAAAGGUUCAGCGGAGAGAUCGGCCAGGGCUGGGCUGGACAGUGCCCAGAACGCCCUGAACAGAGCCCGGGACACGGUCAGAGGUCUGUGCAGCAUCCGCGACUGCAACCGUAGGACACGCGUGCCGAAGCCUUGCAUCGUGCAGAGGUGCAGCUGCGCGAUACCCUACCCGUGCUGCAGAAGGUGGCGUUGCUCGACGUGCUGCAGGACCGUGUGCGUUCCAACGCCGGGCUUCUGCGGAACGCACGAGAUCACCGUAGUCGACCCGGCGUGUGUCACCGCGAACGGGCUAUGCGAGGGUGUGCGCCAUACCGCCUACGUAGCUCUCAGAGCAGCGGAAGGAACUCUAAACGCAGCUAAAGCCACUGUCAGCGCCGCGGCUGAGGCUACUGCCGUGGCAACCAGAGCCGUGGCAAGCGCUAGAGUACUGUCGACUGCAGCUAAAGGUGUGCAGACAGCAGCACAGGCCAGCUUUAGCGCCAUCACCAGCGCAAUUUCUGGUAUCCUGAAUGCUUUCAGAAUCAACGGCAUAUGCUUCGAUGUGACGGUAAAUAGUGUCGGUGGCGGCAGCAUUGGAGUGUCAAUGGACUUGGUAGCAGCUGGAACGAGACAUCAAUUCAGCGAGACUAUCAACUUGAAUGACAUCGCCGCAUUCGCCAGCAAGAUGGCACGGCGCUUCUACGGAAACUUCUUUUAAUCUGCUCCGGACGUCCUACUGACAGCAACCUUCCAAUGGCCCCCGUUUCUCGAAAGGACAUUCCUGCAGAAGGAGUUUCCUACAUACAAGUAUGCACACAUACCUUACACCCGUGGCUAGAGUUUUCGUUCUUUAUAAUUUUCGGAGUAUUCAAAUUUCAAAAUUUAGUUACCAAAUUCUCCGCACCCGAUCUGUGAGAUUUCCAAAUUAUGAUGGAUAUGUACCGGUACAUACCGAAACAGCCUGUCGUCUACAGCAUGUUGGUACCGGUACAUAUAAUAUAUUUGGUGCAUAUGCUGCUUGUUCUGUGCCGCUAAAGCCAUACUGCGUUUGCAUCUAGAAUUCUAACCUCACACUCUGCCCUCGUUCUCAGCCUCGCCGUAGCACCCUGCACAUUCAUGAGAGACUAUUCUUCACUGAGAUACUACAGCUGCUGUUGCUCAACAUUAAUACCGACCUCUGUAUACUUGUGCAAUUUUAGGGAAUUGAGCAGACACUCUUUUAAAGGUGAUGUCAACAAUAUUAUGUGUUGGUGUUUGACAAUGUCUACAAUAAAAUAAUAGAACCAAACUUCA